UCACGCAGUUGCGUAAUUUGACAAGCCAGCGCAAAAUAGGGAGAAUGAACGUUUGACAGCUGGCUCGUUGCUCGUACAGAUUGUUUCGAAACAAAAGAAUACUUAUGCUUAAUUUAUUUGUGAAAGAUUUCGGAUAGUCAGACUGUGUACCUCUGCUUUUAUGGCCGCUGCCGUGAGGAAUAAUGUUUGGGUUGCUCCGGGGCAGGACGCGCAGUUUCUCCAUAAAACCACCGCGCCACUGACAGCCGACGGUCUGAGAGGUGAAGAUCAUGGACAAGUGCUCUGUAACACGAGGGAUACCAUCCCGGGAACUUCCUCUUUCCAUGAUUAUCAUUUGGGUAAAACAGAGAUGGACAACUAUCUAUCUCCACACCAACAGGACAUGGGGAACUCAAAAAUGUUUUGCAGGGACAGCGCUCUGAUGCUAGAGCCGCCUUUCACUGAGGACUAUGGCUCCCCGUACAGCGUCAACAUGAGCCUGCUCGUUCCUGAUGUCACAUGCCUGCACCCUGGUCUCUGCAGGGCAGUGAGACCCAUCAAAACAGAGCCGUCACACUCUCUGAUGCACCCAUCCUGUCAGGGCAACGUAGUGACACCAACACUUCAAGAAUACCCAGGUGUUUUUAGAGCAGGCGACACAGCUGGCGGCAAAUUUUUCAUCAAACAGGAAGUGCCAGAUUUCCAGGAUGUCCCACUGUUUCAGCUUUUGAACUCUGACUUGGAGCAGCUCGUCCAUGGGUCACAGCUGAACUCCAUCCCCAUGGCCCCAUUAAGUCUUCCUAUUGGGAACGUCCACGUCGGCCCGGGGCAGAAUUCUGCUAAACUCACAAGCGGUCCUCAGAAUGAAUGUUUUACAUUUCAUCGACGCUUAGGCCAUCAGCAGAGACCGACCUAUCUGCCGCCGUCACCGCCAAACUCUGAUCCCCCAAGUCCAGACAGGGGAAAGGAGCUCCUACACAAUCUGUCCCCACCUCCCUCCUACGAAGUCAGCAUCGCCUCCAAGUUAACUUUUCACACCAACAAUCCCAUUGAUCCAGGACAGACUUCUCGUGUAGCUCCAAUCCAGAGUCCAGGCCAAAAUUCCAAUGUUGGAUUAGUCCAAAGCCUAGGUCCUGCGCCAGUCCAGCGUUCGAGUCUGACACCAGUUCAGACGACGGCAGGUGUUGGCCCAAUGUCCCCAGUGUUGGCCCAGUCGGCUUCAGUUAAGUACAACAGAAGGAAUAAUCCUGAUCUGGAGAGACGGCGGAUUCACCACUGUAAUGUUCCAGGGUGCAGGAAAGUAUACACCAAGUCUUCUCAUUUAAAAGCCCAUCUACGGACCCACACAGGAGAGAAGCCGUACCAGUGCUCCUGGGAGGGAUGUGAGUGGCGCUUUGCCCGUUCUGAUGAGCUGACUCGCCAUUUCAGGAAACACACCGGGGUGAAGCCUUUCCAGUGUGGCGUGUGUAGCCGCUGUUUCUCCCGCUCGGAUCACUUGGCCCUACACAUGAAGAGACACCAGAGCUAGAAACCCUCUCCUGCAAAUCAAGCCAAUCUUUUUAUUUUUCAGUAAACAUGGAGAAAGAAUCGGUACUACAUAUCAGCAAACAAAUAAAAUUAAUGUGGAUUGUUUCACUCACUCCCCAAAUGGAGACAUUUUUAACAGUGCUGGCCCACAUGUAAUUGUUUCUUUUAUUGUAAAAAAAUACUUAAUUUAACUGUUGCCUUCUUUUAUUACCACACGUAUGCUCCAACAUUGGCGGGACAUUUACAAAGAUGUCAGUCAAAAAUAAUUAGCCAAAUGUGAUGAUUAAAUAAUAUUUUAUUAGUUUUCCAGUGCACUGCAAAGUACAUGAACAACUUCAAAUAUAUUUAUUUAAUUAUCAAAGGUUUUUCAUUGUAAAGAUAAUAUCAACAUGUUGUCAUCAUGUCUCAUUUAUUUAAUUAACUUUAAUAGCAAACUGCCAUACUGUAAGUGCAGGUAUAGUAUUACUCUUAACUGGAAGGUCAAAGAAUAUGUUGUUUUAGACAGCGGGUCAAAGGAUUGAUAGUGUGUGUCUGUGUGCGUGUCUGUGUGUGUGUCUGUGUGUGUGUGUGUGUGUGUGUGUGUGUGUGUAUAGAAAGUAACAGCAGUUAGUUAAAGUUGUAAACAAGUUGUGGAUUUACUAAAAGACACAGUAGGAGAAAUACAUUUUUGGGAUGAGCGCUGUUUGCAAGCCGUGUGGUGAGUGCAGCGCUUACAGCAUGACUUCAACACUGCCAGAUUUAUGGGUUACUUUGCCACCGAGGAUAACUCAAAACAAAAUCUAUAUUUACUCAUAAUACUGAAACGGAAGGAAGAUAAUGUGUAUGAGGUAUAAAUCGUAUUCAUUUGGACAGCAUUAUGAAUGUUCUAUAUAUCUAUGCCCCUCUAUAUUGUAACAUGGAUAUCGCCAUUACAGGAAGUGUUAAAUGUCUUUCAGCCAGGUGCAGAGAUAAAUCCAUUAUUUCAGGACUUAUAUAGACACUGCAUGAUUUUAUUUAAAUAUUAAAAAAGGUUUAACUUAUUUCCAUGGGUUUGUUUCGUCCCAUGUUCAGCCACGCAGCAAUAUUUCAUUUUCACACGAAAGAUUGUAAAGUGCUCAAACUACAUUUACAACAGCUUUGAGUGCGGGACAUUUCAGCAGCAGGUCAGAGUCGUUUCUACUUUCUCCUGGAAGUCUUAAGACAAAUUAAGACGCGUUCAUCUUCUUCACUUCGUUUCGGUUGCAAAUUAUGGGUCCGAAUGUUAGGUAUCUUAUCUUAUGAUUAUCAUAUUACUGCUUUCAAAACGAUCUAGACUUGAGCACGUGCCGGUAUGAACAUCUUUGUACGCUUUUGGUUUCUUUGACUGCUAUCCACAUAUUCAAACACCUUUUGAAAGUGCCUUUAACUGCUUUUUUCUUUGGACGAUAGAAAAACAAAGCUGCCCCAUUGGGACAAAGUUCUUUUAUCAGGUACUGUACUCUGCUUAAAUGAUUCUGUGUGUUGGCUGCCCCUCCUUAUUUCCACACUAGAGCGAUCUCUAUUUAUGACCAAGUUUCUUUAUAAUUUGAUUUCAGGUUGAACUAAAUCUCUAUAAUUUGUUAAGAUGUAUGUAUUUUGUAUCGGCUGUAUAAGGAUACAAUCCAAUGAUUGUUUUUUUUUUGGGUGUAUUAAGAUUUUAAACUUUUUUUUUAAUUGCAGAGACUGUUUUUUUUGGGUGGGGGGGGGUUUUGGGCAAAGUCUAAGAAGGAUCAAAUUAUAGAACAUUGUUACACUGUCAUCACUUUCUCCAGCCAAGAUAGCACCUCAGUGGCGUAUGUGCCAGUGAAUUAUUGCAAUACUUUAAAAAAAAUAGAUAUAAACACAAAUAUUUUGACGUGAAAGGCGUAACAAUAUUUUGUGUCAUAGUUCAUUACAUGAAAAUGUAGCCUAAAUUGAUCAAAUGUGCUAUAUGAAGCCAUGUGACCCUCAAAGUACAAAUAAAAGUUUUUCGUUUAAAUAUUUAUUUUUGAAUUCUUGAUUUUUUUUAAACGUUAUUAUAUACAUCUUGUAGCUUCUACAUUAUCCAUGUGUGUUUCCAUUCUGAGUGUACUCACUUUGUGUGAGACGAGACACAACACAACAAGCAGAAACAUGUUUAUUCUUUUCAUGAACAGCUUCAUUUUCAGAGUUUGAGCUUUUUAGCUUCCAUAACAUCUUCUUUCAACAUCUAAAAUAUAACUUUUAGAUGUUUACUUUACGUCACUUUGUCUAUUUGUGUGUGUAGAUUUACCCUAAAUUCACUAAAAUGUUGCGUUAGAUAAUAAACAUUUGCAUAUUUUAAAAUAAUAUUUCAUAAAACGAUGUAAGUAAUCAACUGGGGAGGUUUCAUGGUGUUGUGUAUUAGUUAUUUAUUUUUAGACUUUUACAAUAAACAUCUUUAAAGUGUGUUUCUCUUUAGUAGCACUUACACACACUUUCCAAUUUAAUUCCUAUCUAUAUUCUGAAGGCUUUGUAUAUCAUUAAUAGACUGAUUUAUAUCAAUAUAACAAAUUAUUACUAAAAAACAUGGCGAGAAUAGAUUUUAUUUAUGGCUGUUGCAAGUAUUUUCUGAUUUAAGGAUUAAUACAAAGACCUUUGACUUUGUAAUAUUUCAACAAAAUGAAAGAAGAACCUGGCUUUAUCAGAUUUCUGAUCCCAGAAAUGUAUGUAAAUUGGCAUAUUUAAUAAGUUAAUGCCUCAUUUGUAUAUUUAAACAUAACAUUUCAGAACACUUGUCCCUAAUGUAAGUAAUCAACUUGGGGAUUGUGACAGUUAAAACCUGUUCUCUGUAGUGUCUCUGCUUCAAUAAGCUUUUACAUUGCAGGCAACUACAGUAAUAUGAAUCUUUAUUAUUAGUCCAGUAGCCCAGUAACACUAAUAAUUAUAAUGUACUUGUGUUCCUUUUGGUUCUUUAUGAUUUGAAUGUUUAGUAGUUAUGAAGGAACACACCCUGUAUGCACUUGAUCUUAACAAUUUUCAUGUAA